AUGACAGAAAGAGGGAUCCGUGGCCAAGAGGGCGAGAAUGCGGAUUCGUGGGGCAACUACGCCAAAGAUUAUCACAACUUUAUCGAGAGGGGUCCUCCUAAGGUCUCGGCAGAACAAAUUCUGAAAAGCUUGGAUUUGGUGGUGCCUUUUGAAAAUGCGAGCUGUAUCCUUGACAACGGGUGUGGUACAGGAAUAGGUACGAGCCGUCUUAUCGACUUGUAUUCGGAACGCUUGCCGAGCGAUGUUCGAAUUGUUGCAGCUGAUCUGAGCCCGGGCAUGGUCGAAAAAGUGCAGCAGUCUGUGCGGGACUCGCCGAGUGGGAGUCUCUGGAAAAAUGUGGAAACUUCUGUUUGUGAUAUUGAAGACAUGUCCAUGUUUCCAGAUGGCACGUUCACCCACAUAAUUGCCUCGCUUGUCAUGUUUUUCGCUUCGUCACCCGAGAAGGCCUUCUCGGAGGCUUUUCGCAUUCUCGCUCCGGGCGGAGCCUUUGCGAUGACCUGUUUCACGAAAAACGAUUACAUGGAGCUCGUGUCGGUUGUUCAGGAUGCCGUAGGCGGCGGAGCCACAAUGCCCUUCAUGAACAAAAACUGGGCCUCCGAAUCGUGGCUGCUCGACCAACUUGCUCAUGCUAAAUUUAAGAAUGCUGUUGCCAAAGCAACGGACGUCGAGGUUGAAGUAGAAGAUGUCCAUUCUUUCCGUCAACUUUUUUUCAACAACCCGUUGAUGGUGGAAAUUUUGAAGCAUGUUUCCGCUGAAGGCCGGGAACGUGCGACCCAAAAAUUCGACUCUUGUUUGCUAAAGAAGGCUUCGGCCGGAAGCAUCAAAAUUUUCUGGACGCUAUUAACUUUAAGUGCUGCGAAAUGA